CGCUGCUAGCGGCACUAAGACACUAGCCUCUGCGCAAAAUUGCUCACAGCGCGGCGCGAGCGUCGCCAUUCACGCUACAAGACGUCGAUUUGUUGAACACAUAGCAACGAGCUACGAAUCAGAGCAAAAAAGCGCUGGAAACGAGCCGUAACAAGCCCCACAGCCUGCAGAGGCAAAAUGCGCCGCUCCCUAGGCGCCCUCAGCGACGUCACGGAAGAAGGCGACAGUGCGCGCCCGUUACCGCCGCCCCCACCAGCAGCAGUACUGAGCCCGCAGCGCAACGACCGCCAGUCCGUCGCGAGCCAGUUCUCCGACGUUUCGGAACUGCAGGAUUUUCUUGCUGAUGAUUAUGUGGAGAAGUUCAAGGCGCGGAGCCCGCCGCCGGCGCCUCGAUUGAGGAGAGCGCCGUCCCUCGACCAGCCGUCCACUCCUACCCAAGAUGAAGAGGUUAUUGUAAGACCUCGGAAGAGUGUCGGGACGCAAAAUAAAGUAAGAGCAAGGACGGAAGGUAGCAAGCGACUCGUGAACGACUACGAGAUGCUCGGGGAAUUAGGAAGGGGCGCUGCUGGGCGGGUCGAGCUCUGUGUGAAAGAUGGGAAAGCAAGAGCUAUAAAAGUACUAAGAAGAGGGUCCUUGGAUGACGUGCGGCGGGAGGUUCGUUGCUACGGUGUCCUUGAGACAUGAGAGAGUCGGUGAUGCAACGCUAUAAACCAUAUUUAAGUCGCCCAAGGCUCCAAAACGGGCCCGUGCCGACAUUUGAAUGCUUGAGACUCUCUCUACACACACUAUCUCGUGAUGAAUAAGACCCAUCUCACAGUAAGCACAUAGGUGGCCAUCACGAAGCACCUGAAGCACCGGAACUUAGUUACUCUGUAUGAGGUGAUAGACGACCCCUCACACCAUACCUUAUACUUGGUACUGGAGUACUGUGAACGGGGUCCCUUGCUCAAAGCAGGGAAAGACACGCCCUACGAGCCCAUAUCAGAAGAUAAUAACAGGAGAGCGACACGAGAUGUAUUGAGAGGCCUGGAGUACCUACACUCGGUGAACGUGGUCCACCGCGACCUUAAACCCGAAAAUAUUGUAUUAGAUGGGAAAGGUACUGCGAAGCUUUGUGAUUUCGGCGUGUCUAGGGUCGUGUCGUCGGUCGCGCCCGUGCGACGGUCGUCGAAGCUGCGCCUGACGCCCGCGUGGGCCGCGCCCGAGCUUUUUGGGGACAAAGACGUCACGGCAGCAGUAGACUGCUGGAGCCUCGGGGCGACCAUCCAUGCUGCCUCGACCGGGAGUCCGCCCGUCGUGCUGGAGAAGACGGCUGCGCAAACGUUGGUGAAAGUCGAGAGCGGCGAGUUAAAUGUGCAGGCUACAGGUAUGUUAGGUGAUCUGUUGCACGGGUUGCUUGAAAGAGAUGUGACUAAGAGAUGUGACGUAGCAACGGCCAUGGGCCACGGCUGGGUCACGGAUAGUGGUAACCAGCCGCUGCCGCGGACGACGUACGUCGGGUUUUCGCUGACGCAACAUGACGUCGACAGAGCCAUCAACACUCUAGAAAGUUCUGAUGACGAGGCGACCACUACUGAUUUGGAUAGCGCCUUCGCGGACGUGCUGAAGGUUCAAGAGUCGGAGAGUGAUGAUGAUAAUGAAUUAGGUGAGACGACGGGCGGCGUGCCCUGCGCGGCGUGGAGGUUAGCACAUUGUCAGCAGCCCGGUUCUACGGACGAAGAUCGCGUCGACGCCGUUACUCUGUCCGAGUCAAGAGCAGUCCUGGCAGCCUACGACGGCCACGGAGGUUCCCAAGUCGUCGAUGCAUUAAGGCACACGCUGCCGGCGUUCCUGUCGUCGGCUUUAACAUUUGGGACGCCUACCAGUGCGCUGGAGUCGGCGUUCUCCUACGCGGACAAUAUUGUAGUCGGGACGCAGCCCGGCACCGUCGGGGCUUGUGCCGCGGUCGUCAUCGUCGAUAACGAUGCUAUUACUUGUGCGAACGUGGGCGACGUGGCGGUCGUACUUAUACAGAGUAGUGGUUCAAUAGAAGUACUCACGACGAAGCAUUGUAAAUCGAAUGACGAAGAACGGAAACGAGUAGAGCAGUCGGGCGCGCACUGGGCGAACGGCGGCCGCGUCAACGGCGUGCUGCGGGUGUCUCGUAGCUUUGGCGAUGGUGAUUUCAAAGGUAGACAAGCCGUGAAGGCGUGGAAGACCCCAUUUGCGAGCGAUCCCGUCAUCGCGAUGCCCUCCAUCAGCGUGAGGAAGCGGUCUCCGAGCGACGCUUUAAUAAUUGUCAUGACGGACGGCGUCGUCGACGGCUUCGGCGACGAGCGCAAGGCCGCUUUGUACAUCAGGAGGCAGGUUCGUAAAUUGGGCGAUCUGGAUAAGGCGGCGAAGGCGACGUUGGAUGAGGCUCGAGCUAGAGGGUCGAAGGACGACCUGUCGUUGUUGGUGUGCGACCUGCGGGACGGUUUGGUGGCCGAGGAGGUAACUUGGAGCCCGGCUGUACCGCCGCCGCCGCCGGCGCGGCCGAAACCGGAGGCCUACGACGACGACUUCGCGUUCGACGAGGGCGUCCCCGAGGCGAAGGCCGAGGCCCCGCCGCCCGCGCCCGCGACGCCCUCGCUCGAGGGAGGCGGCUUCGGCGUGACGUUAAAGAGGGCCGAGCGCGCCGCGGCGCGGGCCUGGAGCGCGUCGCAGUCGCCGCCGGCGCCCGAGCGGUUCGCAUUGUAAGUUUUGAUGUGUAUA